AUGUCAAAAAGUACACAACCACUCAUUAACUUUUUCAAGGGGCAUCCGACAAACAGUUUGCUUCCUUCCAAGGAGAUUGCUAAUUCCUACAAGAACGUAUUAUUAGAGUACGACUACACUAAAUAUGAUAACGAUCCAUUGAACAGACAUGCGUUGACAUAUGGUGCAGAUGCGGGUAAUUUGGACACGAGAAAGGCUAUCAGUAAGUGGAAUGAUAAGUAUUUUGGAAGGAACGGCACGGAUCCUGAUUGUAUUAAUCUUACGGGUGGGGCAUCAUAUGGGUUUGCCAACAUUUUGGCCUCGAUGACCGACACCAAGGAUAUCACUCGGAGAGGGUUUAUUGUUUCGCCUACAUACUACUUAAUUACUCCUUCGUUCAUUGAUGCUGGUUUUGAAGAUAAAUUGACGGCUGUGGUUGAGACUCCGGGGCAGGAAUACGAAAUUGACUUGAAAUUUUUGGAGGAGCAGUUGGAGUUCUACGAUAGAGGAUUACCACCGGUUGGGAACAAAGAAAUAAACAUUAUUUCUGAUCCAUCUGGAAGACCUGACCGUAAAUUGUAUCGUUAUGUGAUCUAUAUUGUUCCUACAUAUUCAAACCCAGGAGGAUUGGUCUAUUCCGCAAAGACAAGAACUAAGUUGAUAGAAUUGGCAAGAAAACACGAUAUGUUAAUUGUGAGUGACGACGUUUAUGAGUUAUUGAACUACACUGAUGCUGACACUCCAAUACCACGAUUCUGCUACUUAGACCGUGACUCACUCCCUGAAGAUUUCAAGUUUGGUAACUCAAUCUCCAACGCAACCGUUUCCAAACUUCUCGCUCCGGGACUCAGGUUUGGAUGGCAAGAGACUCCCACCCCUAAUUUAGUGCAGCAGCUAGCUAUAACAGGUGCUAACCUUUCUGGAGGUACCCCUGGUCAGCUUGCCUCUAUUGUGGUGCAAGACUUAAUUACAAGUGGUCAAGCCGACAUUAUUAUAGCCGGUCUUAUCAAGGUAUACAAAUCAAGAGCACAAACAAUGAUUAGAAGUAUCAAGAAAUACCUCCCUGCGUGCACCAACGUAUACGGAGGUGAAGGAGGUUAUUUCUUGUGGGUGACAAUUAAUGCCGAUAUCGACCACACCAAAAUAGUCGACAUGUUAAAAGAAGAACAUAACAUCAUUCUUGCGUCUGGAAACAAUUUUGAAGUGUGUGGCGAUGAGAAAGGCUGGGGUAAGAACAGUGUUAGGUUAUCUGUCAGCUUUCUUAACGAGCAUGAAAUUGAAAAAGGUAUCAGAAAAUGGGGAGACGUGCUCCGCAGAAAGCAUAUAGAGGUAUUCAAAAACUAG